UGACGACCGUGGCUGGGUUGCUGCAGAGUCUGCUGGAAACUCUCGCUGCAGGUUGAGGACCGGUACCUGUUUGCAGUGGCUUGGUUCCCCAGGAAUAAAUUAGAACAGCACCACAAGAGCCAUGGGCAGCAAGAAGAAAGAAAUUGCCCUGCAGGUCAACAUCAGCACCAAGGAACUUUGGGAGGAAAUGCUCAGUUCCAAAGGACUCACUGUUGUCGAUGUCUACCAAGGCUGGUGUGGCCCCUGCAAGCCUGUGGUGAGCCUCUUCCAGAAGAUGAGGAUCGAGGCCGGUCUGGACCUUCUGCAUUUUGCAUUAGCGGAGGCAGAUUGUCUUGAUGUCCUCGAAAAAUACCGAGGGAGGUGUGAGCCUACCUUUCUGUUUUAUGCAGGAGGAGAGCUGGUGGCGGUGGUGAGAGGAGCGAACGCCCCACUGCUACAGAAAACCAUUCGAGACCAGCUGGAGGCUGAGAAGAGGGUGCUGGCUGAAGGCGGGGAACGGAGAGUGAUUAAGGAUGAGGCUCUUUCUGAUGAAGACAACUGCUUUUCCCAUGGGAAGGAUGAUGGUGACAAUGAGGACAUGGUGUCCUCAGAAAAGGCCUGCACCUUGGCAAUCAUUAAACCAGACGCCGUGGUCCACGGGAAAACAGAUGAGAUUAUCAUGAAGAUCCAGGAAGCUGGGUUUGACCUUUUAGCAAACGAAGAGAGAACCAUGACAGAAGCAGAAAUGCGACUCUUCUACCAACACAGAGCUGGAGAGGAGGCAUUUGAGAAGCUGGUACACCACAUGUGCAGUGGACCAAGCCACCUCCUGAUCCUCACCAGGACUGAGGGUGCUGAGGACGUGGUCACUGCCUGGCAAAACCUCAUGGGGCCCUGUGACCCUGAUGUGGCAAGAAGGGAGCAGCCUGACAGCCAGAGGGUCCGGUGGUGUGGUCCCAGAGCCACCUGCAACACUUUCCCAGGAAAUACAGAUUCCAGAGCCCCACCUAGGCCUGCCAAUUCAGAGACUCUGGUCUCCGCGCUCAGUAUGGCACAGAAAUGCCCUUUAACGCCGUCCACGGAAGCCGGGAUUCGGAAGACGCCCGCCGGGAACUGGCACUGCUCUUCCCCAGUUUUAAGUUUUCAGACGAGGUUCCAAAAUCCCCUCUGGGGCGAGAGGCUUAGGAGUGGAGGCCCCUGUGAGGCACUGUGCUUCCCCGAGCACGUGGACGAGGUGGCUGUGCUACUCUGCGGGAACCCGUGACCCGGGUGAGGCCACAAGAGGAAGUGUCAGCGCCCCCAUAUCUGCUGCACAGAAGGAAACCUCCAGAAUUGAAACUUCCUCUUUUGAGCACCGACGCUCUUUUGGUUUAGUUCUCUCUCGUGAAUAAACAUAACAGUGUCCAC